GGAAGCGUCUUGGAAGUGUUUCUCAGCUCACCGCGCGGCUUUUGCGCCGGGGUGGUGCGCGCCAUAGAGGUUGUAGAUAUUUGCUUGGAGCGGUACGGCCCUCCGGUCUACGUGAAACACCAGAUCGUCCAUAAUCCCCACGUCGUCGCCGACUUGGAACGAAAAGGGGCCAUCACGGUUGAUACCCUGGACCAGGUCCCUGUCGGAUCUCUGGUGGUGUUCUCCGCCCACGGCUCUCCGCCGGAUGACUUCGAGCAGGCCGAAGAGCGCAGCCUCCGGGUUAUCGACGCGGUCUGCCCGUUGGUGACACGGGUACACAAUGAAGCUAAGAAGUACCACCGCGAGGGCAAGAAAGUAUUGCUGGUGGGCCAUCGGGGGCAUCAAGAGGUGCGGGGCACCAUGGGCCAGGUUGAUAUGACUCUAGUCGAUGACAGCGCCGACUCUCUACUCCCCGAUUGGGCCCCAGACGAUGAAGUGGCGGUGCUUACGCAAACAACCCUCUCGGUAGGCGACACCGCGCAGAGCAUAGAUGCCAUCAAACAGCGUUUUCCAAGCGCAGUGGUGCGCAACGACAUUUGCUACGCUACGACCAACCGCCAGUUCGCGGUGACCGAGAUGGCGGUGAUGGUGGACCUGGUGCUGGUGAUUGGGGCUGUGAACAGCUCCAACUGCAACCGCCUGCGCGAGGUGGCGGCCUCCCACGGUGUGCCAUCCUACCUCAUCAACGGACCCGAGGAGAUCGAGGCGUCCUGGCUGGAUGGCGUAUCCAAGGUGGGGAUAACUUCCGGUGCUUCAACGCCCGAGGUCCUGGUGGAAAGCGUCAUUUCGGCAUUGGCGCCGGACAAGGUGACCAUGCUGUCCGGCGUCGAAGAAGAUGUAAGCUUCACUCUGCCAAGAGAGUUGCGCUAG